AAAAAAAAAAAAAAAAUGUCAAACGAAAAGACAAUGUUGAAGGUCUCCUGGGCCUAUAUGCUAAAGCAAGAAGACUUGGUAACAUAUCUUACUGAAUUCAAUCUUGAUCCAGUUGGAAAAGUGGACGAUCUCCGAAAAAGAUGGGCUAAAUUUCUCCACAACGACCAUGAAGCCGAUGUAUACAGACGGCUUAUAGAGUUGCAGAACAAACAUGAAAGUACCAGUCCGACCAAAUCGCCGACAUUGCGAGCCGUCACAAAACAACCCCUUAUAACCGUAACACCGUGUGGAGCAGAAGCAAUAGUAUUAUCCCCAAUAAAAACAGAGUACGCCCUUCCCCACAUUUCCGCGGAAAGGUCACAUGGAGAGUCAAGCACAGGGGUAACAAACGAUCAAAAAGUACAGAAGAUGUCGCCAACAAACCCCGAAUAUGGAUUUCAAAAAGAUUCUCCGCCCAAGCCAUCCAAUAAUUCGUCGUUACUCGUAAUUCUCGACCAAAUCCGAAAAUGGAAUAUUACUUUUGAAAAUGGAAUGGACCCUAUUGGAUUCGUAGAACGUGUAGAAGAAAUGGCUGAAAUGUACAUCGUGGAAUUGAAUCAAAUAAUUAAAGUAAUGCCAGAGUUGUUACGAGGUAAAGCUUUAAUCUGGCUAAGGAACAACAACCGACACUGGACUACCUGGAACGAAUUUAAGAGUGAUUUUCUGAAAUUCUUUUUGCCACCGAGAUACUUUGAGAAAUUGGAGGAUGAAAUUAGGAGAAGGAUACAGCGUAAUAAGGAGCCGUUUAAGGAAUAUGUACUCUCUAUACAGCAUCUUAUGCAGCACACCAAUAUGACCGAAGAACAAAAAUUGGAACGAAUUUUUAGAAACGCGCAUUCGGAUUAUCAAUGGUACAUUCGCCGUAAAGACUUUACCACACUUUCGGAAUUGAUCUCCUUGGCAGACGAACUCGAAAGCAUACCAAAUAAUUCUCGGUCAGAACAGCCUCGAAAUCAACAAAACUAUAAUCGACGUGCGGACAACUCUAGAAAUAACCUGUAUUGCACCAAUCAAGGUGACCAAGUGCUAAACGAAAGCUCAUCCAAUCCAGAAACGCAGCAGGAUGAACCCCCGGCAAAGAAGAGUAACCAGAAUAUUACAUCAUUGCAAUGUGAAGAAUAUCGCCUUACUGCAACUGUCUUAAUAGAGGGGAAAGCUAUUAAAGCAACUGUCGACACUGGUGCCACUAGCUGUUUUAUAAAAAGAGAAUUUGCGGAAAAAAUCAAGAAAAGGUUUACUUAUUCACGGCAUGAGGCAAAUGUUAUCCUCGCAGACGGCACCACGGUGAACAUCACAAGAUCAACAGUGUUACCUGUUACAUUUGGAAACCAAAGCUCAGAUGUUACAUUUCUCAUCAUGCCGCAAUUCAAGGAAAACAUCAUAUUGGGAUUGGAAUUUCUAAAACAGUUCCACACGACCAUUCACUGCGCCGGUAUAAGUGUCAAAUUAAGUAAGCCAACCACAUCAACGGAGCAUUGUACCGUGGCUAUAGGAGAGGAAACCCCAUCAAAAGAGACAUUAAAUUGACAAUACCCAAACUAAUCAGUGUCCUAAUAUAAGCCCAUACUUCAAAGACCAUCGCAAUUCUCAAAAUUUCAACAUCACGAUGGAGCAAGAUAGCCCCAACACGAAAAAAUUCAAACGGGCGAAGGAGAAAUUUCGAGCUCAUCUGGAACAAGUCGAGGCUCAAAGGCGAAGGACAAUAUUUUUAGACGAAGGUCCUAGUACCAGCCGAAAGAGGAGAACAAAUCAAUACCGUAAGCCCAAUCCAAGAAAGGGUAGCAGUCAAUCCUCAUCGCC